GACCCACCUCUCCCUUUGCCCGUUAGCCACAGAAGAGACACAGAGAGCGAUUCAAAAUUUUUAGCGAAGAAGUGCAGAGCAGAGAAGAGGGGGCUGUCCAGAAGCCAGAAAUCUACUGUUUACAGAGAAGAGAAUGUCAAUGGAGGAACUGAAAUCUGUAGAUUCUGAUUGGUGAAUCAGUGCCGCAGUGGAGGACUAAAUCUUGAGUAAUUUGGAAAUCCGAGACGUGGCGGUGAUUGGUAGAGAUUCAUCUUGAUUCUGCCAUGGGUUACGCGCAUCAUGGAGCUCAAGCGGUGCUGUUUGAAGCCGAGAGACGAAGCUCCAUUUCUGGCUCUGUUCCCAGUCCGCAAACGAACCCUAGCUCGCCGGUGAAGAAGAGGGCGCCCCGCUGGUCUGAUGUCUGGCUCAAGAACACCAAGUCUCUUGAAAAUGUUAUAGUCGCGAUGCAACUCCAAUCCUUGUGUAAGGACUCUCGUUCUACUCCCAGCUCCAAAACCAAAUCCCUCAUCACUAAAUUCUGCAAACUCGACCGUACGAUGCUUCUCUCCGACGAGCUUCUUCUCAAGAUCCUCUCCAAGCUCCCGGAUUCUCAGCGGAACUCCAACUUCCUGGUCUGCAAGCGGUGGCUGAACCUGCAGGGCCGCCUUGUACGGUCUCUCAGAGUCAUGGACUUGAAUUUUCUUUUGUCGGGUAGGUUGAUUUUGAGGUUUCCGAAUCUUAACCGAGUGGAUUUAGUCUCUGGGUCUUUGAUGUCUUCCAGAAAUUCUAGUAUCCUGUUGAGUAAUAGGGUUCUUUCGAUGCAUAUUGAUUCUUGGUUUUUGCCUAUUCCGGGUGUGGGUGAGGAAAAUAUCCUAGACAAUAUGGUAAUUGAUAGAGGGCUGAAGGCGCUGGCCAGUGGCUGCCCAAAUUUGCGGAAAUUAGCUUUUAUUGGUGGGAGCGAGUUGGGAUUGUUGAGUGUGGCUGAGGAAUGUGCAACUUUACAAGAACUUGAACUGCAUAGGUGUAACGAUAAUUUUCUGCGAGGAAUUGCAGCUUGUGAGAAUUUGCAAAUACUGAAGCUAGUUGGAAAUGUUGAUGGUCUUUAUAGCUCAGUGGUUACUGAUAUUGGGUUAACUAUUUUGGCUCAAGGUUGUAAACGACUGGUGAAGCUUGAGCUGAAUGGUUGUGAGGGAAGUUUUGAUGGCAUCAAGGCUAUUGGGCAGUGCUGCCAAAUGUUGGAGGAACUGACACUCUGUGAUCAUAGGAUGGACAAUGGAUGGUUGGCUGGGCUUUCAUAUUGUGAGAAUUUGAAGACUCUGAGGAUCAUGUCGUGUAGGAGGAUUGAUCCAAAUCCUGGACCUGACGAAUAUUUGAGUCCCUGUCCUGCUCUCGAGCAUUUACAUUUGCAGAAUUGUCAACUACGAGAUAAAAGGAGUGCUAAAGCAUUGUUUGUUACUUGUGGGGCUGCAAGAGAGAUUUUCAUCCGCGAUUGCUGGGGAGUGGUGGAUGACAUAUUCAGCUUUGCAAGUCAUUGCUGGAGGGUGAGGUUCCUUUCUCUAGAAGGAUGUUCACUGCUAACAACAGAAGGUUUGGAGUCUGUAAUUCUUCAAUGGAAGGAGCUUCAAAGUCUUCGAGUCGUAUCGUGUAAGAACAUAAAAGAGAGCAGAAUUUCUCCUGCUCUCUCUUCCCUGUUCUCCAUUCUCAAGGAUUUGAAAUGGAGGCCAGAUACCAAAUCUCUUCUCCCUUCAAGUCUCAUCGGCACCCACAUGGGAAAGAAGGGUGGCAGGUUUUUCAAAAAAACGUGGGACAUAAAAGUUCUGCCCGGUGUUCAUGAUCACGCAAUUACACGACAAACAUGAGGAAUCCUCGAAACGAAAUUGCUCCGACGACAUUGUACUGUAAUCGUCUUCUUGUUCAUCAAGCUCGUUAACUAGAUGUUGACAGCGUAUAACUAGACUUUCAUCCUUGUAUUUUGCACAGAGGGAAGAUGAAGAUGCCAAGGAAUAAGGAUAUUACUGCAGAAUAUCAACCUCGGCAUCAGCAUCGGCUCGUUUUCCUAUUUUAUACUGAUAUGUCUCGAGCAAGUUAGUCGUCUACCCUCUUUAAAUACUGUAGAUUGUAACUGUACUGGUCAUAGUUUGGUUUAGUAUUUGCUAUUUGUUAUUGCUAUUCUUAAUACUAGUGAACACAUUGUAAAGGAAUAUCAUCAGUUCCUCCAUUAUUAAGCUCAAUAGAAUUACUGGCAUUGCUGUGAUG